UGUGUCUUCGCCUGAACCAUGAGCGUAGAAAUUACGGUUUGCGUGCGUUGGCAUCGCCAAGUUGAUUAGCACCCGGUCGACUAUGAGAUGCUAUCAGUGCACGAAACUGCGGUCUCGGAGAGCCCUUUCACAGAAGGAAGCAUAUGAGAAGGGCGCGGUCUAACCAUUUUCGGUCUUGACCCCACUGCGAACAAAAAGCCAUCUGCUUUGCAUUCUGCAAGCUCCAUUCAACUGACCACAAACGCUCGAAAAUCAUUGUUGACAUGGCUACGACAACAAUCACGGCCGAGCGCAAUGAAGUCGCGCACCUUCGCGGAGAGUCUCAGGUUCCGCUCACGACAUACACCCUGGGAACCUCACGACCUAUCUCCAUAAACCAGAACCCCAAUGAAGUUCCAGAAGAUGCACCUUACUCCACAACAGCAAUACCGGAUGGCGGCUAUGGCUGGGUCAUUGUUGCUGCAGGCUUUAUCACCACAUUCUGCCACAAUGGCAUCAUCAACUGCUGGGGUGUACUACAAGCCGCCCUCCUAGACUCCACCUUGAAGAACGAGAAAGCUGCCACAUUGACUUUUGUUGGAUCUCUUGGACUUGCUGGGGGAGCCAUGUACGGUCUUCUUGUGGUGCGCUUCAUGCGAUGGUUUGGGGCACGGGCGACUAUUCUCCUCGGAGUCUUCUUGAUGGGUAUGAGCAUGAUCGGAGCCAGCUUCUGCACCUCGAACGUUGCUGGCCUUUUUGGGACGUAUGGAAUCAUUGGCGGAGUAGGCAUGGCUAUGAACUACGCUGUGUCCAAUGCGCUUCCAGUACAAUACUUCAGCUCCCGUCUUGGACUUGCCAACGGCAUCAUCAAGCUAGGAGGUGGUGUUGGGGGUUGUGUCAUGGCUGUCGCACUCGAGGCCAUGUACCAGAGAGUUGGCAUUGUGUGGACUUUCCGCUUCCAAGGCUUAUGUACCCUGGCAGUCGGGAUGCCGGCCGCUUGGAUGCUCAAGGAUCGUGUGCCGCUCAAAACCGCGCCUUUCUUCGACACCAGCAUGUUCCGCUCCAUUCCCUUCGUUGCAACUUUCGUGGCCAGUGCCAUUGGGGUCUUCGCUCUUUACAUCCCUCCCUACUACCUUCCACUGUUCGCACAAUCCAUCGGUCUUAGUUCGGGUACUGGUGCUGGGCUUGUUGCGGCUUUCAACGCAUGUAAUGCCAUUGGACGCUUCUGUGCUGGGCCACUCUGCGAUAAGAUUGGCCCCUUAAACAUGUUCGUCAUGGUCAUGGCCGUCAACGCUGUCUCCAUGCUCGCUAUCUGGCCCGUCUCAAACACGCUUGCUCCCCUCGUCAUCUUCGCGACAGUGAACGGAGUCGCGAACGGCGCUUACUUCACGACGCAGCCCACUGUUGUGGCCGGCAUCUUUGGCCCUGGAAGGGCUACAGUCGCAAUGAGCAUGUCUGUGACGGGUUGGACAGCGGGGUAUCUGAUGGGCGCGCCGAUCGCAGGUUAUCUGCUACAAGCUGCAGGUGGUAGCAGACAAAGUGCAGGCAUUGGCCAGAGCGUUGAGGCAUAUCGCCCUGCUAUCUUCUAUGCUGGAGGCAUGGCUACACUCUCCGCUCUCUUUGUCAUUAUAGCGAGACUGACAGUCGCAAAGAAGGUUCUCAAACGGGUGUAGAGGCCUGUGCUGAGGUAUGAAAUAUCGUGUUCUUAUAUGACCAUACACAGACAGCCGCCUAGGGCCAAUGAGCUGAACCCAUAGCACAAGAUAAGAAUAUAACCAAAU